AUGCCGCCCCGCAACGACGGGCGGCGCGAGACGGCCCAGACCUCGUCGGUGCCCUCGGCACUCUCGACUUUGUCGUCUGCGGCCAACGGCACAUUCUCCCUCGCCCGUGAAGCCGUCAUGGCCUCGGUUGCGCCAGACCAUCGCCGCUCAGAGAGCAUCCGCAUCCUUACAGACUUGGCCCCGUCACUCAUGCAGUCCAAGUACACCACACCGAGGGGCACGCCGCCGCCUUCCCUCGGUGCCCGUCAGCCGCGCGCUCCUCGACAGUCUCUGCUCCGGUUUCCGGGUACGUCUCGGCCCAAGCCGCCCCAGACAUCCACCGCACUCGCCAUCCUGGAGAAUGCCGAAGGUCUCUCGCGGCUCUCAUUGAAUGUGACCGCUGCUGGGCCUAGCGCAGACGGGUCGUCGUCUGUCUCCCUCAUCCGGGGAUUCCGGGCAACGAUCCCCAGCUCCGAGUUGAGCAAGUCGCGCCGUCGCUUGCUCCGUGGCGAAAUCACCGACGCCGACAUGGGCGACGAAAAGCUCGGCCUCAAGAAGCUCGGCGACCGCGCACGUGGUCUGCUCACCGAGGGUGAAGAGGAUCACGACCUUGAGAAUGACAGCGAGCUGGGCGUCGGGCGUAAGAGUCGUCGCAGGAAAAAGAAACGCGAUGCGAGGCGCGAGUCGGCUGCCCACCACGAGACCAAGCUUCAUCUUGAGGACCUCCUGGUCCAGGCAGACGAGAUCGCCCAGGACAAGGACAAUCUGGCUGUCAGGCAGUCUCUCAUACACGCAGAGAUCUACGAGGUUGCCGCCAAGAUCGAUGCCCUCGAGGAGAUUCGCAGGCGACUGGAACAGUCGCUCUUGAAGCUGCAAGAGGAAGGGUUGGAGCUAGACGAUGAGCUCGAAGGUGUGCAGGAACUCAUGGCAUCGCCGCUCGUAACCUCGGCAGCUGGCACCAAGGCGCUGCCGCCCUCUGUCACUCCGCCCGCAAAGAGCUCGCGCCGGCGCAAGGGACCUGCGUUCCUCCCCUCUGAGCACGACGAGCUGCCGUCUGGCGUUGCCUUCAUGACUAUGGAGGGUCACCUGGGACCUAUUACAGGACUCGACUUUGACGAGCCAUACGGCCUGCUCGUGACCGCCGGCCAGGAUGACAUUGUCAAGGUCUGGGACCUGUGCGACGGCGAGCAAAUCGGCGAGCUGCGUGGACACAAGGGCUGUGUGAAGGCGGUUCAGGUCGAGGACACACUGUGUCUCACUGGUGGCGCUGAUGGUGCCGUGCGCCUGUGGGACCUGCGUCUCGUCGAGGACUACGAGGACAAGCUUUCGCGCCAACAGAUCGAGGCCCGGGGUCAGCCCGCCCUCGACCGCAUCGCGGAGCAGAACGAGCAGGACGAUGACGAAGAGAAUGUGGGUGCCGAUGCGGCUGGUGGACCAUGCGUCCGCACGCUCGAGGGCCACAGCAAGAGCGUCACCUCCCUGUACUACGAGGACUCGACUCUGGUCACUGGUUCGUCGGACAAGACGAUCCGUCAGUGGGACGUGACCACUGGCCAGUGUGUGCAGACCAUGGACAUUCUGUGGGCCAUAUCCAACCCCCCGGCUGCACCGGCUACGCCGCGCAAGCCCCGCCUGCGACACAGGAGCAGCACCUCGUUCGGCAGUGUGCAGUACGACGACAUUUUGCCCAACCUCUCGUCUCCCCUGUCCACCCUCGAGGCUGCUGAGCCACCAUCGACUGCCUCUCUCCUCUCGGGCCAGUUUGCCGUCCCCACCCCGCCGUUUUCGGACGGUACUUGGGAUAUGUACCAGGACUUUGUCGGUGGACUCCAGUUCUGGGGUUACGCCCUCGCCAGCGGCAGCGGCGACGGCGCUGUCCGUAUGUGGGACAUGCGUACCGGCCAGGCCCACAGGACUCUUACCGGCCACACCGCGCCGGUUACUAGCCUCCAGUUCGACGAGCAGUACAUCGUCUCGGGCUCGCUGGACAAGACUAUCAGGAUAUGGGAUCUCCGUAUGGGCGCCGUCGCCGAGCUGCACAGGUACGAGUACCCGGUCACGGCCGUGCAGUUUGACAGCCGCAAGGUCGUCGCGUGUGUGGGCGAGAAUGGCAUCGAGGUGUACAACCGCACGACACUCGCACACACGCGCUUGGUGGUCAACGGACACACCAAGCCUGCCGAGCGGAUGCGUUUCAUCGACAAGUAUCUCGUCAGUGGUGGGCGCGAUGGCUGCGCCAAGGUGUGGGCCAUGUAA